AUGUCUGAACCGACCCCAGAACCGAUCCAAUCGGCUCCGCCCGGCAAGGCCGGCACCAGGCCUCCAACAUCGAAAAACACGGCCAGUCUCAAGAAGUUCCGCAUCCUGAUGCUCCACGGUUACACCCAAUCCGGCCCCUCCUUCGCCACCAAAACCUCGGCCCUCAAAAAGGUGCUCAACACGGCACUCAAGCCCCACGGCCUCGAGUCCGUGCUGAUCUACCCGACUGCGCCCAACAAGCUGUCGCCCCUCGAGCUGCCGUCCCCAGAUGAGGAGGACAAGCCCGACCCGGAAUGGUACGCCUGGGUUCCGCAAGGACGACCGCACGGGCGAGUACCGGCAUCUCGACAAGGGCAUGAACCUCAUCGGCCGACGCACUGCGAGAGGCGAGGCGGGCGGCGCGUGCUGAGGUACAGGGACAGGAGGGAGGAGGGUCGUACAGUAUGUGUUCAAAAAGGGCUGUUGCAUGGCGGCGUUGGGAUAUUUCGUCAGCCAGACGGUCAAGACACCAUACAUGAUGUGCAGGUUUAG